AUGAUAGACCACAUCCUAGGCCGUCCGAGCAUCAGCUGGAAGAGAACUCAGGUCCUUCUCGUAGUCGUCUUCUGGUUCUGGCGCAUACUCCAGGGGGAUAAGGAUGGUCCCAGGCUCUUUUGGAUACGGCGGUUCAAUAGGUUUCUCAAACGCUUCACUCCUUGGCAGCUUAUUGUUGGCACGCUGACCAGUCUUUACGCAAUUCGUAAUAUGGACAGGGUUCUUGGGUUAGCAGCUUCUAAUGCAUCAUCCGUACACGCAGCCCCGGAACCACUCGCGAACCUAUACUCCCCGUCUUACUAUCGCGCAACAUGGAUCUCUACAGGUCUCGAUGUCGGCUUCGCCACCGCUCUGCCGAUCAAACCUCGGUGGUUGCGGGACAUCUGCUCCAUCUUCUUCUCGUUCUACUACAUAAUCUACGCUAAUGAAGCGGACGAAAAGCUUCGCAAAUUCCGUGCUGUGCCGACUAAGACAACGAACCCUUAUGUUGCCUAUCACCCUCGUGUCAACGUACGUCGGCGGAUGGUCUUCAUCCGCCCCAAGGAUUCGAGCCAGCGCCGCCCAAUCACGGCAUGGUUGUUCUUCGCCCCUCCGGCUGCGCAGCUUUGCCGUGCUACAGACCUCAUCCUGGAUUUCCCUGGCGGCGGAUUUGUCUCCAUGACUCCGGAACACCAUGAAGAGCGCCUCCGGAUGUGGGCUAUCCGGACAGGAAAGCCCGUGCUUUCUGUUGAGUAUGGGAAGGCGCCUGAAUACCCUUACCCGUUCUGCAUCGACGAGUGCUUCGAUAUUUAUCGCGUUCUUGUUGAGACUACUGGGAUGGUCAUCGGCAUGUCCGGACAGGCGCUCAAUGUUAUCCUCACCGGCGACUCUGCGUGCCGGCGCACAUAUGCUGUAACCGUCAUGUUCAAGAUCCUUGAAACGCAGAUGAAGUUGCCGCAUCCCCUCGCCCUCAUGGUCAACUACGCCGCCCUGGAUUUUAACUUCACAUCUUGGAUGUCCCCCAGAAUCUGCGCGUCUUGCAGGCAGAACAGUCUUCUGGGCAUUUAUCCCUUCUCCCGGAUCAGAAGGACCAUCUCCGCCAUGGUGGUGUUCGACAAAGAGGACGAAGGUUCGACGGCCGACGUCGAAGAUGAGCCGGGUGAUGACGUUGAUGACGAAGACAAGCCUCUCAAGUCGCGCAUCCGCUUCAAUCCUGAAGUAGACGCCCGGUCUGUAACGGAAAGCCCGUCGCCAAUGAACGCCCAAGACAGCGCUGCGAUCCCCUCUCCCACAAUCGAAGCCCGAGCUCCCAUAGGAACGAGGCUGACUAUGACCAGUCGGACAGGCUACUUCCAGGAUCGCAUCAUCCCUCCAAGCAUGAUGCGCGCAAUGGCCAUUCUAUACAUCGGCCCGCACCGCAAUCCCGAUUUCCAGUCUGAUUAUCAGCUCUCGCCCAUCCUCGCACCGGACCACCUCCUCGCCCAAUUUCCGCCUCUACUCAUGUCCUGCGGCGAGAAGGACCCGUUUGUAGACGACACACUCAUCUUCGCCGGGCGCGUGCGCGAAGCGAAGCGGGCGCGGCGCGCGGAACUCGAGCGCAUCAUCGCUGGCAAGAGCUCCCAAUUCGGCGAGCAGCUCCGGAUGAGCUCAAGCUUCCGAGAAGUCGGAGGCGGGUCCGACCUGCGCGCGCUGCGGCGCGAGCGCGACCGGCUGGCGUCCGAGACCGAGGAAGAUUGGGUUCGGAUGUGCCUCUUCUCCGAAUGGAGCCACGGGUACCUGCAGAUGCCCACGCUCAUGCCCGAGGUCAAGGGCGUCAUCGACAACCUCGCAGACUGGAUGGACGACGUCUUCAUCCGGCACGAGGCAAGGACGGCGCGGAAGGGAAGCCCCCAACAAGCGGCGGGCGGCGUCCAGCGGACGCGCGCGAGCCCGCCGCGCGCCAACGGAGACUCGUCCAGGACGUCGUCACAUUCGACGUCGACCCCGGACGCGACGGAUGGGUUCACGUCGGCGGCGACGUCGGAGACGGAGCUUGACACGGACGAGGUGCUCUCGUUCUCGCCCAGGCGCCGCUCGCCCCCAGACUCCUCGUCGGGGACGCUACGACGACUGCCUGUCGACCCCGCGCGGCGGCCGUCGGAGUCGUCCAAGACACACACCCAGACGGCAGUCGCGGCGAGCGGGGCGCAUGCGAUUGCGCACGCCGACGCAAGCACGCCGCAGCCGCCGCAGAUGGGCGGCUUCCUCGACGCGCUGAGCACAAAGCGGUCGACGAGCAUGCCCGGCACCCAGGGCCGCGGCGGGCAGACGAUCAGCGAGGUGGAGCUCAUGCGCCGGCGCCGGCUGCUCGACGCGCACCUCGUCUCGUAG